CCCGGGACGGGUUGAUACUCUCAUUACCUACACAUACCGAUCUGGAAGGAGUCACAAGCUUAUCAGCUUCACUUUCUUCGACGUGCGACUAAGCCCCUUUGACUCGAUUAGCGGACUCUAGGUUUGCCCCGUGCCCAAGCUCCUCGGGAGGCUAGUCCGGUUGCGCAACAGUCAUCUGGCCCGCUCAGGUCUCGUCCUAUCACCGACGCACCCUCUUUUUCUUGCGUGCAGCUGUUGUGUUCUGCCCCCCUCCACCCAUUCAUAUUUGCAGAUCAUCUGCACGCGCAUAUCGGUUUCCGUCGUGCAUAGUCCCUGCAGAGGUCGUCUCACCUUGACACCGCAUUAUCGCGCUCCCAGUGGUCUGCUUCGUUAUUUACGCUCCCGCUGUAGUAGCAGUGUCAGCUUCCGAAUCCGCCUCUUCCCUUCCGUUGUCGCAGCCUGCCGGCUCUUCCAACUAGGACCAUCUUUUUCAGUUUAGUGGUGAAGCAUAUCGUGACCAUGGCCACCACUUCGUUCCGUGAUUCUGUGAACUCAUUGGGUUGGUCUCGGAGAGAUCCAGAUCUACCAGCGCGCACCAACCCGUCGAAUGCUCCUUUCCUAUCACGGUUGCAAUCUUGGAAUCCAUUUGGGCAAGGGGAGGGCUAUUUGCAACUACCCACUCACGAAGCUCCAGGAGCCCCUCUGCCAGCAGCAACGCGACGAGAGGAGGAAGACAGUUUCUUUGCCUUAAGCCGAUGGGAUCGGAUGCUCAUUUUUAUUGCCUGCAAUCUGGGUGCUGCCGUCUGCUUCCUUAUUUGCUUUUUCCUCUUUCCAGUCCUGUCACUCAAGCCCCGCAAGUUUGCCAUCCUAUGGUCCGUCGGUUCUCUGCUAUUCUUGCUAUCAUGGGCAGUCCUCAUGGGACCGAUGGUCUACGCCAGACAUCUGGUCUCGGGAUCACGACUGCCAUUCACAGCAGCCUAUUUCGGGUCGAUCGCCAUGACCCUGUACUUUGCUAUUGGGCUUCAUUCCACCUUGUUGACCCUGAUCUCCUCGAUCUUCCAGCUGGCCGCUCUUCUGUGGUAUCUUGUCAGCUACUUCCCCAUGGGUAGCACCGGUCUGCAAUUCAUGGGACGUUUCGGCGCGCAGCGUGUUACGGCAUGGAUGACCAGCUGAUAAUGUCGCGUUGAUUGUGUAUAGUAUAGAGUAACGAAGCGACGCUUCUCU